GACCAAGCGCAUGAAAAGGCUUUUUCGGACUUCAUCCUCCGCCAAACGACGAAUGAAUUCGCCAAUGAUCUGGACAAACUGAGGUCCGCGGGUGAUUUCAAUGAGAGGAGUGUGCCGAUGUUGGUCCGAGCAUUGAGGCAAGGUACCGCAUGCUUCAGCGUGGAGGAGAGGGUUGCAGUCGGGAAGGCGGUGGAGGCGUGA